AAGAAACGAUGGAAAUGAAAUAUAACAACAAUAAUGCUAAUAAUAUUUGUAUGUUUUGUAUUGUUUCAUUAGAUAUAUAAUGUAAUUCAAGUAUAUCUACAUACAUCUACCCUGAAUGAAAUAUCAAUAAUACAUUUUGUUUCUCGCAAAAUUUAAUCCAUGAAAACGUUCAAGUUUAUUGUCGUGGAUUCCUUCAUGGUGACGUCACGCUGGACAUCUGCUGCCCACAGAGUGCUGAGCAAACACUUUGAGCUUGCGUAACACCUUUUUUAGACCACCGGAGAAAAAGGAAUACAAAGGAGCAUCUUUACGGGUGCAUAAGGAAAAAGGAAAUAUGAAGGUUUUUUUUUAAGACGCGCAGGAGGGGAAAAAAAAGAAUAUAAUGGAGUAUUUUUAGAAGUGCAGGAGGAAAAAAGGGGACCAUUUUUAGACGUUGAAGUGGGGAAAAGGAAUAUAAGGGAGUAUUUUUAGAGGUACAGGAGGAAAAGGUAAUAUAAAGGAAGGUUUUCACAGGUUCAGAAGGAAAAACAGGAAUAUAAAGGAGUAUGUUUAAAGCUGCCGUACGGGGGGGAAAGGGAAUAUAAAGGAGUAUUUUUAAAGGUAAGGUACAGGAGGAAAGAGAGUGAAAUAAGGAAUAUAAAGGCUGAUUUUUUUUAAAGAGGUGUUGUAGGAAAAUAGAGAAUAUGAAGAAGUAUUUUACAGGUGCCAUAGGGAAAAAAAUAUCAAGGAGCAUCUUUUGAAAGGACUUUAACUGAGCAGACUGCAGCGGGCUGACCUCCUGCAGGGCAUGCAGGCCGCCCAGCUCUUUGGCGGGCCUUGUCACUUCCUGGAGCAGAGGGUCCGCCAGCGGGGGGGCCCCCACCUCAGCAAAAACAGGUCAUGAAGCCUCAGGAGGUGGAGCUCGUCACGGAAAUCUCCAAGCUGCAGUGCAUGGUCUCGGAGCUGAAGAUGGGCUUCACGGGCGCCCUGCUGGAGCUGGCCCAGAUCCAGCACGGAGACUCGGUCCUGCGUGACGAGCUGGAGGAGAACCGGCGUCGCUGUCGGGAGAAAGCGCGGUGCUUGGAGGUCCUGGUGGAGUCCCUCAGGGAGGAGCUGGGCGUGAUGCGGUGUCAGGUGGUGGCGCUGCGCAGUGACGUACAGCGCCACCAGCAGGACGCAAAGAGCACUGCGGCCACACACACAGAAACUGAUCCUGCAGAGGCGUGCCGCGGAAAAGUCCUGCUGCAUUGUUUCCUGCAGGGCCUCAAAGCUGGACUCACCGAAGGAACAGACGCGCGGCAACAGGUAGCGCUGCAGCUGCUCCAUUCUGAGUGGGAAUACGUGUGCACUUUGAACCGACUCCACGACAAAUAUAAGACGACAACACCCAGUCGGCACAUGACCACGGAACCUCGCGAGACGUUCGCGUCGUUCGUGGAGCGGCUCCUGCAGCGCCACUUGCUGUUCAGGAACACCCUGCAGGAGCGACUGUCCGCCCAGCAGUGGAAGUGUCUGGUGGGAGAUGUUCUGGUGAGGCUCGUCGGACAGAACGACACGUCUUUCGCGGACGCGUACGUGGGCUACACCGGCGCGCUGGCCUCCUUCCUCUCGCUGGAGGUCCACAAGUUGGAUGCUCACGAGGAGAAGCAGGGCGGCCAAGCGGAGAAGGGAAAGGAGCAAAUCCAAGUGCUGUCGCUCCUCCUGGCGCCCGUCUCUCGCGUCCACUGCUACCUGAGUCACAUCCAGAACCUGCUGCAGUGGACGGGCAAAGAGCAUCCGGACUGCAGCCUCCUGCUGGGCGCCGAGCGAACGCUCAGGGACAUUUUAUCGCGAUGUCAUGUCAUCCUGGAGGAGGACGUCCGCUGGGACCGCGGAGAAGGACCGCGGCGGCGGAGUUUGGGAGAUGCGGUGGCCGGCGGCUCGUCCGCUAACAGCGCCCCUCAGAGGACUAAGCGGGAUUUUGCGGCACCGAGAGAGAGCCAGCGUGUGUCGGGCCUGACAAACGGGUCUGGAGAGGACCGCACCAUGCGCGUGGAGUGCUGGUCCUGCAGUCCGGUGAGACGGCAGAGCCGUCAGUGCGCACCCGCCCGCGGUGGCCUCCUCACGCCGGAGCCUGCGGGCCGCUGGGCGGAAGACAGCGACUCGGGCCGGCGGGGGGAUCCGGAUGACACGUCCGCUUUCGACGACUCCUCGGUGACCUCUUGCAGGGGAGAUGAGGAUGAGGAGGAGGAGGAGGAGGAGGAAGAGGACAGUCAGGUUCCGGUCCUGCUCAAGCCUUCCUCCCAACAACGUUCGGAGAGGAGCGUCUGCCUCCGCUGGCAGAUUCCCAGACGGACCCCCCAUCCUCCUCUGAGGAUUCCCGCCAACACGCUGACUCCUGCCAGCUCGCGCGGCAAAAGGCUGGUCACCGUCAGGACGGGAUCGCCGCCGUUGAGAGCCAAGAGCGCCUUUAGGCCCAUCUGGGACAACCCCACAAAGCAGGCUCAAGUGUCUCCAGAGAAGGAGCACAGAGGCUUCGUGCCGGUCCAGACCGCCACCAGGCCAAACUUUGUCACUUUGCGAGAACAGCUGAGGGCGGGACAAGGACCGGGACUCGGUCUGGGACUCGGUCUGGUCCAGCCUCCGCCGCCUAGCCUCUCUUUGGCGCCGCCCAGUGGACAAUUGUGGGAGGACAGCGAAGACAGCGAGGGACCUUGCAGCACCGUUUGACAGCUUCUCCAACGUUUUGGGUCCAGAGACCACUUAAAAGGAGAAAUGUUUCCAAAGGACCACCUCAUAAUCGUAAUGUCAAUGAAAAUAUAACUACAGUAUGUGUACCUUUACAUUCCAAAGAAGUUGAAGUUACCUCUUCUUGAGACAAAAAGUUGUGAUGUAACAUACAAUUUUUGUUGUUGUAACAAAGAUUAGACAGCAUGAUUAUUGCACAGGUGUGCCUCAGGCUGCCCACAAUAAAAGGCCAUUCUAAAACGAGCAAUUUUGAAAAAUGGGAGCAAAACAAAAGGGUUGUUUAUAUUUUAGUUCAGUAUAAUAUUCAAUCAUUCAUUUAUAUAUAUAUAUGGGUUUUUAUUUGAUUACAGGCCUUUUUGUGUCCUUGAUGUAAAAUUUAAAGAAACAAAAAUAUUGAAAUAGAUUUUUUUCAAUAACCAGCAGUGGGCGUGCCUAAUUAUGUGUUGUCUACAAUGUCAUGUUAAUAUUAGUAUAUUUUGACAUUGUGGUAUUAUACAGUUUUCACCCUGUCCCUAGCACAGGGCUUGGAUACAUGAAGCUCUAUCAUUCUAACUAAAAAAUGCUAAAAUGGUAUAACUUUUACCAUAAAUGGUUUAAAAUAUAAUAGAAUGAAUGAUUUCUCAUCAUACAUACAAAACAUUUCAAAUAAUGUCUUUUAUUUUUACUAAAAUAUGCCUCUCCCUUAAAGUUGCUGUCAUUACCGCCACAUUGACCAAUUUCAGAUCAAUAAAGUUUAUUCAAAAUCGGAUUCUUAAA